AAUUGACAUUUUGUUUUGGUAAAUUUUCUCGAUAGGUACAACCUAAAGUACCGAAAUAGGAAUAUAAAACUGAUAAGUCUUUGUCAAUCAUUCCAAGUAAAGGACAAACUUUAUUACUAACUUUUUUACACCUAAACAUAACAGUAAUUUAGCUUUCAUUGCAUGUACUUUAUUCCUUUUAAAUUGACAUUUUCACAUAACAGGAUUAAUAUAGUUUACUCAAGUGGCAGAUCGAAUAAUUUUCAUUGUUUUUCAUUAUUUGUUUAAAAUGAACUUGUUAGGAGAAACAGAAGAUAAGAGAAAAGUUCCAGAUAUGUUGCAGAGAAUACUUAGAUAUGACAUUCAAGUCACUAAAAAAUUUGUUGAAAUGUCUCAAAAUAUAACUGCAUUAAGAUCACUUCGUGUACAUUCUAAGUUCUUAGAGGUAUCAUGUCAUGGCAUAGUGUGGCUGGCAGGCUGGCUCUCAUUCAUUUGGUUGUUUAACAACAGGGAACUGUAUCAACUACAAGUAAACAUGUUAUUUGCACUUAUUUUAGAUAUCAUAGUAAUAGCAGUGAUAAAGGCCUUUGUAAGGAGACGUCGUCCUGUACCAAUGAACAAACUAUUGCCUGGUAACCCGGACAAAUAUUCUUUCCCUUCGGGCCAUACAAGUAGAGCAGUACUAGUUGCUUUCAUAUUGAUUUGUAUAGAUCCUAUCAAUUUUAUAUUCUAUCCACCCCUGCUUGCUUGGGUUGGAGCUGUAGCUAUAUCUAGGGUUCUUGCGGAGAGGCACUACUUCUUGGAUGUUUUUGCUGGUUUAGGUAUUGGAAUACUAGAAGGUUUAUUCAUGUCUCUUAUUUGGUUCUCUCAAAGUACAGCUAUCAGCGUCAUUACAUCAUUGGCCGAUGAAAAGAAAGAUGGUGGAGAAUAUCAUGUCUAAAUUUUGAGUUUAUCUUAAAUUGAUUUUCAUAAAAUAAAUGUUAAUAUAUAUCAAUAUUUUUAUAUUAACCCGUUACAUUUUUUGUGUGUUGAAUAUUU